CCCGCAGCGAGCGCACCUCAACCGCCGCCCAGGCCAGCUCAGGCCGCACCUGCUGCUCUAGCGCCGCCCAAAGAACCUGUCUCGAUACCCGCAGCGCCCACCCGCGAGGUGCCAGAGAGCAACGAGUACCUCACACCCCAGCGCGUCGCCAAGUGGAACAAUGAAGCACGGCAAGCAGUUGUCGAGGCUGCGUUGGCGGCUCAGCGUGAGGGUGAUGUCUUCACGCUGUCCAUAGUCUUCCACGAAAUCAUCGAGGCCUCCACAGACCGCCAAUUAAGCUCAGGUGAGCUGGGAUCAUUGGUACGAGACAUUGUCGCUGCACCUCCCAAUGAGUCGAUAGACCCAGUGUCCACCUUCCUCGACACACUCAGCUCCUUGACAGAAGACGAAGGCAAGCAAAAGCUGGUACGGCAUAUGCUCAUGGCAACGGAAAUCGAUGUCGAGCGAAUGCGCAUGGAGCUUGACGCCCCUCUGCUGAAAUCACUCGAACUAGUCCGAGCUAGCUUCAGCAAGAUGGCAGUCCGCAAAGCCACACACGCCCUGUAUCGUCAAUCGAACUACAAUCUCCUCCGCGAAGAAACCGAGGGCUACUCGAAGCUCAUGACCGAAUACUUCACCACGGUGAACAGCGAGCCGCCAAGCCACGAAGUCGUCAGCGAGACAUACCAGCGAGUGAAUGCACUCAUCGGUGCUUUCGAUCUGGACAUUGGCAGAGUUCUUGACGUAACACUCGACGUUUUCGCCAACCUUCUGGUCAAACAUGGGAAGUUCUUCGUCAAGUUGCUCCGCUCAAGCGCAUGGUGGCCAGAGCAGCGCGGCCUGGAAGGAAUUGAGUGGGAGGAGCCAGAGGUGUCGACACUUCCAAACUGGGCCCAACCGAAAUCUCCCUUGUGGUACUACUCAGACGAAGAGAAGCUCGAACAACUGCAGCUACGCGAACGCCGAGACCGCAAGUUUUGGGAUCGCGUGGGAGAGCUCGAAGCUUCGCGAAAAGGCAAAGGCAUCGAGGCAUUCUUUGAACUUGGCGCUCGGCGCAUCACAGCAAACAACAGGCCGAGAGACGAGAAGAUACAUGCCGAGGGUGCUGUGCUUUCGGACCAGCAAGCUGCGCGUAAAUGGGCAGAUGACUGGAUGUCGCAAACCGGGACAUUGCCGCCUUCUGGUAACGAUACUGCCGCCCAGCUGCUUGGCUUCAAGCUGCAAUUCUACGCAUCUGAUGCCCGCGACGCAUCGGACUUCCUCCCGGACAACCUCAUUCAUCUGGCUGCACUUCUGGUCAAAGUGGGGUUCAUCUCUAUUUUGGAUCUGUAUCCACAUCUGUAUCCCCCGGAGAACGAGAUGUCCGCUCACCAACGGAAGCUGAUGCAAGCUAAGAGGGAAAAAGAAGAGAAGGAGAGCGGAAAAGACAACGCAUUGACAAUGUCAGUGCUGACGGACGAUGCUGCACCAGGACCACCAGCUGUAAGCCGCCUUCGAGAAACCGAGAAGUCCACAAGAUCCGAAUCUGAAAGUGGAGCCUCCGCAAAAUCAACUGAAGCAACAGAUGCCAAACCAUCAUUACCAGAGCCCGCUGACCAGAAGUAUCAACUUCUUAAAAGCUUGCUUUGCAUUGGCGCUUUGCCUGAAGCCUUCUUCAUCCUCGGACUUCACCCCUGGUUGCUGGAAGUCUACCCGGAUCUUUUGGAACUUACGUCUCGUUUAGCGCAUCACUCGCUCAGCAAGGUUUACGAAUCAGCAAGGCCCAUCUCUCUUGAGCAAAUCCCAGUCGUAUCUAAAGGCGCCGCUUCUCCAAACACUCUUCGCCCAAGCGACUUUGUACCUCGACGAACACUUCGAUGGCCCAAACCAGAUCAAAAGGACGCAGGCGAUGGGGUCGACUAUCGAUUCUACUGGGAAGACUGGGCCGAUAACGUACCCGUCUGUCAAAACGUCGAUGAUGUCAUCAAGCUGUGUACCACUCUCCUUGGUCUGGUAGGCCCAGAAUGUGGCCAAGACACCGUUCUGCUGACCAAGAUUACGCGUAUCGCAAGAGAGGACUUCGCGAAUGACCCAUCAGAUGCAAAUCGACAGCGUUGGAUCAAAUUCUCGACGACCUUCCUUACCCCGACGCUUUCCUUCACUGGCCAAAACCCUGGUGUCGUGAACGAAGUCUGGGAGCUCAUCAAGCAAUUCGACACCGCAACAAGAUUCACAAUCUACGACCAGUGGCAAGUCAAGGGGUCAAGCAAACCUGCCUUUCGACUGCUGUUCAAGAAAAUACAAACUGCAACCAGCAAGGAGCUGAACAAGGUCACUACCACAAACGUCAAAGAGUCCGGACGCAAGAUUGCCAAGAUCUCGUACUCGAACCCAGGGAUUGUCUUCAAAAGCAUCGUCACGCGACUCAUUGGUUAUCCAAACAUGAUCGACGCUCUCGUAGAGUGCAGCAAGUACAUUACUCUUCUUGGAUACGACGUCCUGACCUGGACUCUCGUCACCACCCUCACGAACCCUAGCAAGGAAGGGAAAAAGGGCGACGGCAUGUUUGCUCAAGGUUGGCUCACCAACCUGUCGUUGUUCAUUGGCAGAGCGUAUCAGAGGUACGCCCUGCUGGAUCCGACGCCAGUCCUGCAAUACACUACACAUCAGCUUCUGCAAUCCUCGGGUGAGUUGUACAUGCUCGACGUCCUUGGGCAGAUGAUCAAGUGGAUGGGCGGUAUCGGGCCUACUGGCUCGCUCUCAGAAUCUACAGUCUUGUCGUUGAGUGCAGGACCGGUUCUUCGUGCAUACACUUUACAACACAACCUCGCGGAUACCCGACACCAGGCUGUCUCUUCGGCCAAGCGCUUGGCGAAGUGUCUCAAAGACAAAAAUCUAGCGCCACAGAUCCUUGUUGCGCUGGCACAGCACGUUGAGGCUUUCAUCCAUCGCGAUGAUAUGCUCGAUGCGCCGGACAAAGUAGUGUUCUUCAACGCUGACAAACUUUACUCCAACCUUUUUCAAUACCUCGAGUUCCUCCGCGCCUACAUCUCGGAGGAAGACUUUGAUACCGCCUUUCCAGGAUUGAUCGAGAUGAUCUCCGAUUAUGGUGUGGAUCCAACUAUCGCUUUCACCAUCUGCCGUGCAAGCAUAGCAGUAAAGGCAAAUGCUUUCAGGAUUGAGCAGCAAAGUAAAGCCUCGAAGAAGAAGGAUAAGCUAAGCGAUGGGGACGUCGCAAUGGGAGGAGUAGAGAGCACAUCGGCGGUCAACGGCAAUGCUACUUCCUCUCAGGCUGCAGGCGACGCAGCUACUACGACCAAAGACGUUGAGAUGAAUGAGGCAGCCAAGACUGGACCUGAAGGUGCUUCACCAGAAGAUACUGCCGUUGACCUGACAAAUGCCCAGAUCGAGAAGGUGGCCGAGCAGCUUCGAGCAGUAUUGCCCGAAUCUUUCGCCGACCAUCUUUGUCUGUCUUUCUAUGUCACAUUCUGGCAACUCUCCCUUCCUGACGUGGACCAAAAUGGCAUCAAAGAACGAUAUCGUGAGAUGAUUCAGAACUUCCAACGACAAGCAGCCCCUGUGCAUACCGACCGCCGAUACAACUCCCGUAUCCCUAAGCAGGAUACGCCGGAACAGCGACGUGCGAAGGAAGAGAUUGCUAAGCUGAACAAGGAACGAGACUCUGUUGCCAAGGUCGCUCAGGCUACGCAAGAUCAGCUGCGAGUCGAGAUGAGCAGAUGGUUCGCGGACGUGCCCAUGGUGGGCCCGCAGUCUGAUGCUGUUCACUUGGCUCUGCUACAGGACUGUUUCAUUCCGCGCAGCCGCAUGUCUCUCCACGAUGCACAAUACACCUCUGCUAUGCUGCAUUUUAUGCAUAGCUCUGGAGUACCCGGGUUUCGCACGAUCAAGUUGCUUGACCUACUCUUCUCCGCCAACAAGCUGAGGUGUAUCAUUGGCAUGUACUCGGAGGAGGAGUCGAAAAACUUCGGCCGUUUCCUCAACGACGUUCUUCGAGAGCUUCAAAAGUGGCAUGAGAAUAAGAACGAUGCCUACGCCAAGUUUGCAUGCGGUAUAGAUAGAAAAUUGCCCGGAUUUGGUAGGAAGUUUGACGCGGACCGCAACCCCGAGACGCAUCUCGACUACAAUGACUUCUGCCAAGUCUCCUUCAAAUGGCACAAGGCUCUGUUUACUGCACUCAAGGCUUGCAUCGAAAGUGGAAAGUUUUCGGAGAUCCGCAAUGCAAUCAGUAUAUUGAAUGCGAUCUCUUCAAGCUUUCCCAAGGUCGACACCAUGCGCGACGAGCUGCAAGCACCGCUGGAGCACAUUGCAGAGAACGACGAGAGAGAUGAUCUCAAGAUAUCUGCGCAAUCUACAUUCAGGAUCUUCAAGCAAGGCAAAUUACAUUGGCGCACCGAGUGGCAGUACCGCAAUAUCCCCGCACCAACGGAGGUCACCAACGGAGCCAGCAAAACUGGCUCUCAGACACCGCAACCAAAAGACGCUCCUGCGACGAAACUCAAUGCCAAUGCACCUGUGUUCAAGUCCAGAAACGAAUCCAAUGGGACACCGAAACCAACAGAGCGUGCCGACGAUAAUGUACAGAAGCGCGGGUCAACACCUGCCACUCCGGCAGUCCAUUCGAACGACCGCGAAUCUUCAAAGGCAAGUACAAGGGAGUCUGGUGCCAGGGACUCAACACCAUCGCAGCAAGAGCGAGGCGGCAACACCCCCGCUCGGGGUACACCUGCUCCAUCUGGUCAUGCCUCAUCCGUACCUCCUCGACCUGACAACAGAUCUACGCCGAGUCAGGGUCCACCCAUGGGCAGGCCCUCUCAUGCCUUGCCCAUCAGGCCAGACUCACAACCUCCAAGGUCUCGGCCCUCCGACCGUCAAUCCGACUACGGUCCCCCUCAUAGUCGACACGACAGUCGACCGCCUCCCAGCGACUAUGGGCGACUUGAGCGUCCCAUCGACCCCCGUGACCGUCCCGUUCCUGGUGGCAGAACCCCAGAGAGAGGGUCUGGUCCUAUGGACCGCCGUGACUAUGGCAGAGGAGAUCCUAGGGAAUAUGACGACCGGUCUAUGCGAGCGCCUCCAAGAGACGCGAGGGGACCGCCCAUUCGUGGACCUCCUCAGUGGGAGCCUAGGGAGCCCAGAGAUCCUAGAGAUACUAGGGAUGCCAGAGAUCACCGUGAGCGACUCGACCAUCGAGGGCACCCUAUACCACCUGCUGUGGAGCCUAGAAGGGCACCUUCGAGCUCGAGUAUGUCACAAGAGUACAAUUCACAUCAACGCGACUUGACGCCAUCAAGGCACCAAGGGCCAGAUAGGACAGACGCUGCACCCUCGCGACCACCGCCUGCCAAUCUGUCGACGGCCACCGAUGGGCCGGCGAUCAACCCAGCUCGUGCUGCUUUAAUUGACCCUGCAGUCAACCCGGCGCGCGCAGCUCUCAUCAACGAACCUGGACCUCCGCGGCACGAGUCACCUCGAUCCGAUCGUGACAGCCGCCGCGAGAGAGGAUCACGUCCGCAAUCACCAAGAAGGGGAGAGGACAGACGAGGUAACGAACCGCGAGGAGAUGACCGUCGCGGUGAAGAACGUGGCCCGCUACCUCAACACGGUCGCAGUGAGGCGCCUCGCGAUCACAGGGAAGAGCGUAUGCCUCCGCAAGGGCCACCUUCCAAUCGUGAGCGUCGAGAGGAGAUGAGCGUCAACAGUAUGCCUACAGGUCCUCGCGGUCCACGAAACGAGCCUGCGCGACCUGAGAACCCAAGCUCCUCACGCGGUUCUCGCGAGAUGUUCCAGCCUUCGCAGUCUUCACGUCAAUCGAAUAGUCAAGCACAGGACCCCAACUACGGUAGGCUUAACGCGCCUUCCGAGCCAGCUCCUUCUGGGCCGCGUAGCGAUCGCCACGAGACGCCUUCUCAACCAGCACCAUCAAGUGCGCCUUCAGGUCCAGCAGCGGCGAACUCGACCCCCACGGGUAUACAUCCUAGUCGAUUGCAAGCAAACUUUGGCGGUAGCAGACCGAACGCACCGCCUAUCCAGACAGAUAUGUCCAGUGCGCCGAGUGGACCCCGUGGGGGCAGGACACCCCAAGGACCAUUACCUUCACCAAGUGGCAGAGGGCCACCGACAGGGCCUGCAUUCAACAAUGACCGAGGACCACGCAACUCGAACCCGCUGCGAGCUAUCAACAACGUGUUGAAUCAGAACGCACCCUCACCAACAGAACGGAAUGCACCUGUUCAUGGUCAGAAUACUCCUGUUACAGUGCGUGGUCGGGGCGCCAAUCGCGCCAAUGGACCUGGUGACGGACAGGGCGGUAUGAAUAGUCCUAUGCCGCCACCGCAACACGCAGCGACACCCGGUUCUCGUACCGAGGGCCAGCACUCUAGGAGCGAUAGGCAAGGUCUACCAAGCCAGAUGAGUGGUGAACACCAGGAUGAGCGAUCGGAGUCGCGCAGUCGCCGCGGUGAAGGUAGACGUGAGGAGCGUUCGGGACGCGAACGGGAUCACGAGAAGCGAUCAGAGGACCGAAGCAGUCGAAAUGGCGCGAGUCAACGAGGCGAGCCAGGUCAGGAGCAAGAGCGAGGAUCUGACCGCGAGCGUCGCGAAAAGAGAGGGAGCGACAGGGAGAGCAGCAGACGACAUGGUGAACGAGAAGGCGAACGUUCAAGUCGCGAAGGGGGAGGAGAACGAUCUGGCCGUGAGCCUCGUGAACCACGUGAAAGGGGCGAACCGCGUGAACCCCGCGAAAGCAAGCCUUACCGCAGCUCUCGCGACGAGGGUCGGCCGUCAGGAUCAGGACGGGAAGAACGCGACCGACGCAGCAGAGGCGGAGGUGGCAGCGCCGGAGACGAUGGACGAAAGCGGGUUCGUGAUCCUGCGGACCAGCCGCAUGGCGACAUGAAGCGCAGACGAUAGACAUACACCAGCAUCAACAUCACCUUUACAUCAAGACCAUCACCUUCGACAUCAACAUCUAGAUCCACAUCGUUUCUUUAUCUGUUGGAACUGGGAGGAGUACUGCAUUGCGUGGAGUUUUGGCAUCACGAUACCCCGAACAUUGCGAUGGAAUGCAUAAUAUUGGGCAGUAUUUGGCAUGGACUCAACUUGACACUUCUUCGAGAUACCUUGAGCAAAGUGCGGCAAGAAUCAGCUCAGUGAACGAUUAUAUCUGUACAAAAGUAUCAAGUGGAGGUUGUAAUGAAUAGACACAAUACGCCAGGCUAAAUGAUACUCGUGAGGUCUGCGCGAUCAUGUUGAUUUCGAUCAUGCCUGCUCCAGAAUGAGUUUUGGUAGCAGGUCAGUCCG